AUGGCGGGAAGGUCGCGGCAGCCUCGCGAAGAGACGGAGGAAGGGAAGGGAGGAGACGAUCCCUUCGCUGACAUCCGGGAAGAAGAUGAGGGUUUGAGGGAGGUAUUGUCGCUGCUAGCAGCAGCAAACCCCAGCAGCAGCAGCAGCAGCAGCAGCAGCAGCAGCAGCAGCAGCAGCAGCAGAGCAGCAAAAGAAGAAGCUCUUCAUAUCCCUGUCCUCAACAUUCGAAACUACAGACAGCAUAAAAUUGAUAUGACGCAAUUUUCUGUUGAUCUCGAUGGAGGUGUUUGUUUUGAAUUGGGUUUAGUUUUUAAUGAAGGUGAGGAGACAGCUUCUUUCUCGCGUUGUCUCCUUUCACAUAUUUGCUGCUCAUUCACAACCCGUAUGUCUAUUUGCUGCUCGCUGCAGCAGUAUGAUAGGCUUGCUGCUGCUUGGAUUGAAACAGCAGCAGCAGCAAACGCAGUGCUGCUGGAAAGGCCUGACUGUGAUGAAGCUUAUGUACUUGUAUAUGCAAGCAACAGCAGCAGCAGCAGCAGCAGCAGCAGCAGCAGCGGGGGAAGGGGUGGUGAUGCAGCAGCAGCAAAACAGACACCAGCAAUCAGUGCUGGAGACAGCAGCAGCAGCAGCAGCAGCAGCAGCAGCGCGAAGGGCAAAGCUGCAGCAAAGGAAAACAGCAGCAGCACUAAGGGGAAGCAUGCGGCGAGUAGCAGCAGCAGCAGCAGCAGCAGCACGUUAGCUGCUGCAGCAGAAGAAGAGUCAUCCACAUCAUCCGAUGCUGCGGAAACAGCAGCAGCAGCAUCAUCAACAGCAGCAGCAGCAACAACAACAGCAGCAGCAGCAGCAAGAGACAAAGCACUCUCUAUCCCUCUCUGCUACAUUCGUGUUUCUCAUGAAGAAUUUGUAUUUGCUGCUCCAGAGCAGCAGCAGCUGCAGUGGUGGGGUGUGUCUCCUCAGGGCGAGCGACGCCUCUACAGACUUUGUUUUGCUGCUGCUGCUGAUUCUGCUGCUGCUGAUUCUGCUGCUGCUGCAGCUGCUGAUGCUGAUGCUGUUGGUGGUGGUGGUUCUGCUGGUGCUGCUGCUGAUGCAACGGCAUCAGAAGACGCGCCGAAACAGCAGCAGCAGCAGCAGCAGCAACUGCAGCAGCAGCAGCAGCAGCAGCAGCAGCAGCAGCAGCAGCAGCAAGAAGGAAUGCGUUUUCUGCAGCUUUAUGCUUUAACUUUAGCUGAAGUCAGCAGCAAAUGCCGCUUCUCCUUAGAUGUCGAUAUCGAGAAACAAAUUGGGUACCUCGGAGACUUCGAUACAAAACCAGGCGAGGAUGAAGUUGAGGGAAUGCAAAUAGAAGAAGCAGACAGCGACCCUUCAGAUGAUGAAGAGCAGUUUCCAAUUGUGGCGCGGGACCCCACAAAGCAUUUGCUGAGGAGCUCCCCCAACAUCAUGGCGAACGAAAUGCUCGAAGCAGGCAGAGACAGAGCGAUGGUCUUUAGAGUAGGAGGAGCCGCGCAUGCACUCGGAACAAAGAGAGAUAUGCAAGUACUCAGCUUUGAUGAAUACGGAAAGCCAAAAGUAGUGGCAACAAUUGACGGAAGCAAGCUAAAUUUGGAGGGUCGGGGUGAUGGAGCUGCCGAUGCUCUCUUAAAUUAUUGCGAGGAGCGCCUGGUGCUGCUGCCCGGAGGAGAGAGCGGCGGUUCUUCGUCUGCAGUUUUAUUUAAUUUGGAGACAGAGCAAAUUAUUCAAACCAUCAAUUCAGACCUCAAACAACCGACGGAGAGGGACAUCUGGUGUUGGGCAGCAGCAAAGGCAUUCUCCGAUUGUACGACGGCAAAUCUAAGAACGAAAACAACUUUAAAAGAGCAAAGACGCAAAUAA